GAGGCGGGGCUGAGAGCGCGGCUGGGGCCGGAGCCAUGCCCGGCGGCGGGGCCGGGGUGCGGCUGGCGCUGGUGGGAGCGCGGCGGGCUGCGGGCCGGGGAGCCGCCGGCGGGAGCCGCACCGCCGCCAUGCAGUCUUCACAGUCUCAGCGGUUGACAGCAGAGGAGAGAAGCCAAGUUCUGCCCGACCUGAAAGCGUCAGGCUGGUCUGAGCUCGGUGAAAGAGAUGCCAUCUACAAGGAGUUCCACUUCCAAACGUUUAAUCAGGCCUUUGGAUUCAUGACCCGCGUUGCUCUACAAGCAGAGAGGAUGAAUCACCACCCAGAGUGGUUCAAUGUCUACAGCAAGGUGCAGAUCACUCUGACGUCCCACGACUGCGGCAGCCUGACCAAGAGAGACGUGAGGCUGGCUCAGUUCAUCGACAGGGCUGCUGCCUCGCUGUAGCCAUCCUGCGCACGCUGCAACGCGUGGCCACGCUGCUCUGCGCUUCACUGCUGUCCCCCGUGCCUUGUAACCCUGCUUUCACACCCCCCCCGAGGCUGGCUGGUUUGUAAAAGAGUGGCUUAUCUUU